CCGGUGUCUGAAAACCUGCAAAUUCGCUGUCCAUGUCCAUUCCUAAGGAGCUCUACCCUAGUCAGGACGAUCUGCUCUACGAAGAAGAGAUACUAAGGAAUCCUUUCAGCUUGAAGCUAUGGUGGAGGUACCUCAUCGCUCGGAACGAAGCACCAUUCAAAAAACGAGCUGUGAUUUACGAAAGAGCUCUCAAAGCUCUCCCUGGAAGUUACAAGCUCUGGUACGCUUAUCUUCGAGAACGCCUCGAAAUCGUUCGGAAUCUUCCCAUCACGCAUUAUCAGUACGAGAGCCUCAAUAAUACUUUCGAACGAGCGCUCGUCACUAUGCACAAGAUGCCUCGGAUCUGGGUUAUGUAUCUUCUGAGUUUGACGGAGCAGAAACUGGUCACUCGUACGCGUCGGACCUUCGAUCGAGCUCUCUGUGCUCUCCCCGUCACCCAGCAUGAGCGGAUUUGGGAGCCCUACCUUGUUUUUGUUAGCCAAAAGGGCGUACCUGUCGAGACUUCCCUUAGGGUUUAUCGCAGAUACUUGAAAUUUGAUCCAACACACAUUGAGGAUUUCAUUGAGUUCCUUCUAAAUUCGAGUCUCUGGCAGGAGGCAGCAGAGCGGCUGGCUGGGGUAUUGAAUGAUCCUCAGUUCUAUUCAAUCAAGGGCAAGACGAAGCAUCAAUUGUGGCUUGAGCUAUGUGAUCUGCUCAUUAAUCACGCCACUGAGGUGUCUGGGAUGAAGGUGGAUGCAAUAAUCCGGGGUGGUAUCAGGAAAUUUACAGAUGAAGUUGGACGGCUAUGGACUUCCCUGGCAGACUACUACAUCCGAAGGGGUCUCCCUGAGAAGGCAAGAGACAUUUACGAGGAAGGAAUGAUGACUGUGGUCACUGUUAGGGAUUUCAGUGUGAUUUUCGACACUUACUCCCAAUUCGAAGAGAGUACGCUUGCUUACGUAAUGGAACAAUUAGAUUUAGAGGAGGAUGGCGAUAUUGAGGAUGGGAGUAUGGAGGACAAUGCGGUUGAAGUGGAGGGAGAUCCACGCUUGGAUUUCAAGCUUUCAGAGUCGAAAUUUAAGACGAAGAUUUUCCGUGGUUUUUGGUUAAAGGAUGUGUAUGAUGUGGAUUUGAGAUUGGCUCGAUUGGAGCAUCUUAUGGAUAGAAGGCCUGAACUUGCUAAUAGUGUUCUCCUCAGGCAAAAUCCCCAUAACGUCGAGCAGUGGCAUCGGAGGGUCAAGCUUUUUGAGGGCAAUCCGACAAAACAGAUACUGACCUACACUGAAGCUGUGAGGACUGUAGACCCCAUGAAGGCUGUUGGGAAGCCUCAUACCUUAUGGGUUGCUUUUGCAAAGCUGUAUGAGGACCACAAGGAUGUUGCUAAUGCAAGGGUUAUUUUUGAUAAAGCAGUCCAAGUCAACUACAAAACCGUGGAUAAUCUUGCAAGUGUUUGGUGUGAAUGGGCAGAGAUGGAAUUGAGACACAAGAAUUUCAAAGGGGCACUGGAGCUAAUGAAGCGUGCCACUGCAGAACCCUCAGUUGAGGUGAAGCGGAGAGUCGCUGCUGAUGGGAAUGAACCAGUGCAGAUGAAGCUUCACAAAUCCUUGAGGUUAUGGGCCUUUUAUGUUGAUUUGGAGGAGAGCCUUGGAACUUUGGAGUCCACUCGUGCUAUAUAUGAGCGGAUACUUGAUCUGAGGAUAGCCACUCCACAGAUUAUAAUAAAUUACGCUUUGCUUUUGGAGGAGCAUAAAUACUUUGAGGAUGCAUUCAAGGUAUAUGAAAGAGGCGUUCAGAUCUUUAAGUAUCCGCAUGUCAAGGAUAUUUGGGUCACGUAUCUCACUAAAUUUGUCAGCCGGUAUAAAGAAAAGAAGUUGGAACGGGCAAGAGAGUUGUUUGAACAUGCUAUUGAAAAGGCACCUGCCGAAUAUGUCAAGCCUCUGUAUCUACAAUAUUCAAAAUUGGAAGAGCAAUAUGGUCUAGCAAAGCGUGCAAUGAGGGUUUAUGAUCAAGCUGCGAAGGCUGUGCCAGAUAAUGAGAAAAUGGGCAUGUAUGAAAUUUACAUUGCUCGUGCAGCCGAGAUUUUUGGUGUUCCGCAAACAAGGGAAAUAUAUGAGCAAGCCAUAGAAUCUGGUCUCCCAGACAAAGAUGUUAAGACCAUGUGCAUGAAGUACGCUGAAUUAGAGAAGAGCCUAGGAGAAAUUGAUCGUGCUCGUGCAAUAUACCAAUUCUCAUCCCAGUUUGCAGAUCCACGAUCUGAUGCUGAUUUCUGGAAAAGAUGGCAUGACUUUGAGGUUCAACAUGGAAAUGAAGACACCUUCAGAGAAAUGCUACGCAUCAAGCGCAGUGUUGCUGCCAGCUAUAGCCAGAUGCACUUUAUCCUCCCAGAAUAUUCAAUGCAAAAAGAUCAGAAGUUGAACCUUGAGGAAACUGUGGACACGCUGAAGCGUGCUGGGGUCCCUGAAGAUGAAAUGGCUGCUCUAGAAAGACAGUUGGCCCCUGCAGCAACUAAUGCAUCUGCCAAGGAUAGUGGCAGAAAAGUGGGCUUUGUCAGUGCCGGUGUGGAGUCACAACCUGGCGUGAUCCGAACUCCAGAUGGAGGGAGGAAGGUAACAGCAAAUAAUGAGGAAAUAGAAUUGCCAGAGGACAAUGACACAGAGAACGAUGAUGGAGUUGAAAUUGCCCAAAAACCUGUUCCAGAUGAGGUUUUUGGGGAUUUGGUACGUAAUAAGGAGCCGAGUGGGGAGGAACCUGAUAAACUUGGUGCACUUGAGAGGAUAAAGAGGCAGAGACGGGCAUAGUACCAUUGUUGGCUCUAAUCUCCCUAUGGUAAUUGAUUAAUCAACCCCUUUUCCAAUCCUUUCUGUGUUAUUCUAUAUUCUCUACAGUGAGAGUUGUUUGAGUUGUAUAUAUUAGAUAGUUUUGUAUGUAUAUAUAUUCAUUAGGAUUUCAUCUUAUCCCAAUACUAAUUAAAACUUUGCACUGAGGCUCAAAUUACAUUUGCAGCAUAAUUUUUUAACCGAUCCACUGAAGUUUAACA